UGAGCACUUUUCCAUUGUAGUGGCCGCCAAAAUCCCACUCUAAGCACUUCGCGCGAGCCAACCGUACCUCCGACAACAUAGACUGGAGGUGUUCUGGAUUCCGAGGCAUAUCAGUUUGUGCCGCCAAGUCGUGGUGUCCAUUUGGAAAAACUGUAAAGGCUCUCCCAGCUGCGGGUAAGAGUCACAUUAGAGCCCCGAAGCGCUUUUAGUUGAGGCAAAUAAGAGGAAAAUCACUCCAACGGACAGAUUCAGUCGUUCACAUUCAUUCAAAGCAUAAACAGUUCGAGAGACAAUAAUAUUGAAAAUUGAAAGUGAACAAUAAUGGUGGUGAAUUCGGGAAAUCUUCAAGUGUCCAGUGGUAAAUCAUCUGGUGCUUUAGCCCUUGAUGGGGUAAAAUGUGAAAAUGGGAAAAAUCAUAAAAUUCAAAUAUGUGAUGAACCAACAAAGGAAGAGGACUCCAAUUCGGAUGUUAUAUCCGAUUUAACCGGACACUUUGGGAAAUGGCAGUUGAUGUGGACAUUUCUUCUAUCUCUCUUUCAAUUACCCUCAACAUUUCACCUCUUUUCAUUUGUCUUUGAGGGCGCCUCUAAAGAUUUUUGGUGUGCAGCUCCUGACCACCUCAAAUCCAUCCCUUUAGCAAUUUGGCGCAACUACACCCAACCCAGUGGCCCCUGUAGCAUCGUUGAUGUCAACUACCAUGAAAUUUCAAUAGAGAAUUUCACAACAAUUCUCAGUGAUGCAUUAAACGAAACACUGACAACCUGCAAAUCCUUCGACUAUGACAUGGAAUUGAUUGGAAAGACGGUCAUCUCGGAAUGGCAACUUGUGUGCAACCGCGCCAGCAUGGUGAGUGUUGUGGAAAUGUGCUUCUUGGCAGGAGCAGCAGUCGGAAGUGUGUGCAGCGGUUGGAUUUCAGACCAAUUCGGCCGAAGGACUACAUUAAUGUCCUUCGCUACAGUUCAAUGCUGUAUCGGAAUUUUGCUCGCCUUCGCGUCAUCAUUGCCCACCUUUAUGGUUCUGAGAUUUAUAAGUGGUGUAACAUCAAUGGCUGUUUUGGUCGUCAGUUUUGUCCUGGUGGUGGAAUUGGUGUCUGGGAAGUAUCGCACAAUCAUUGGGAUUCUCAAUCUCUUGCCACUCUCAAUUGCAUACAUGAUAAUUGCGGGAAUUGCCUAUGGGGCCCGUGAUUGGAGGACUAUUCAACUUAUUGGUACCACACCAUGCUUCCUGUUGCUUUUGCUUUGGUUCAAUAUCCCUGAAUCCCCAAGGUGGUUGCUCGCCAGAGGUCGAAUGGAAGAACUCAAAGAGAUUAUCAAUCGAAUUGCUGCCCGGAAUAGGAUCACCCUCCCGGAUAACUAUGAGAAAUUGCUGAUUUCACCUCCCGAUGUGGAUGCUACGGUUUCAAUAUUGGACCUAUUCAGGGGGAAAUUCCGCAGGACCACACUUUUGAUGACGGUGAUUUGGUUUUCCCUCGUCCUUCUCUACUUUGGCAUUACACUACAUAUGAAUAAUUUGGGUGGAAAUAUCUACACAAAUACAAUUAUAGCGGGUGCUGUUGAGGGUAUCGCCAUUCUGUGUAGCAUCAUCGUCGUCCUCAAAUUAGGAAUCCGAAUUAAUUUAGUUAUAUACAUGCUUGUCGCCGGAUUAGCCUGUCUCAUGGUAAAUUUCGUCCCAGAUGGCAAUUUGUGGAUGAUAAUAACAUUAGUUAUGAUAGGAAAAUGCACAAUUGGAGCAACAAAUGCUAUCAUUCAAACCUUCACGGCAUACCAAUAUCCAACUAUGUUGAGGAAUUUGGGUGUGGGAGCGGGAAAUUUUGCUGCUGGUGUGGCUUUAAUUGUUGUACCCUACCUAUGGCUUAUGGAGCACAUUCAGAUUUAUCUACCAAUGACAAUUAUGGGAGGAUUUGGAAUUGUGGGUGCUAUUGCCCUUCUGCUGCUACACGAUAGAUCACCAAAGACCAAGAAACAGCAGAGAGCUACUAAAUCAUGUAUUCCGGAGCAAAACAAAAAAGUUGCCAGUGCAUUUGAAAAUUCAGCAUAUAAACACACAGAAUCUUGAUAAGUUCCAAAACACAUCAAAAUCAUAAUGUCGUCUUUCUCAUCUUUCGCAACAGUUCUGUGAACCAUUUCACCCAAAAUUGUAUUUAAUAACAUUAAGGCACAUUAGGAUAUGUAAAUUGAUAAGUUAUGUUUACAAUCUAUUGUUAUAUUGUAUUUAAAUUGUAUAUUUUAUUCUUAUUUUAUUAUUACGAGCUCUUAUUCCUUUUUAUGACACAAUUAUGUACGUAUACUCCCACACAUCUUUACGCGUGUACUGUAUUCAAUCCAAAUUUUAAGACAUUCCUUUACAAUAUACUCAUCUCUGAAUAUAAAAUAAUGCGGUCUCUUUGGUACACACGUAAUAAAUUACAGUAUUCCGAGAAACUUUUAAAUAAUGUUACAUUUUUUGCAUUUAGUUGACAAGAAACCACGAUUAUUUAUAAUAAAAUUAUUACUUUAAUUA